AUGUUCACUACUGGGAGUACCUCAAGUAAGGACAAAGGAAAAAGAGAAAGCAGAGAUAAGCUUGAUAAUUAUCCUCCAAUAGCUCCAAGAAGAACAUCUCAGAUUGAAAGACUCAGUCUUAAUGUUGAAGCAUAUAUGUUUAUGGAGUGGAAAGAGCAAACAGCUGAAAAAAAUAUGGACACCAAAAAUUGCUGUAGCGGAUGUGCUGGAAUUGACCAGAAUUACUCUUGCUUGAACCAUGUCAAAAAGUCAACAGUUUAUCCCGUUGCCAAUGUUAAGCCUGAGACCACUGCGAAAAACGAGGUCAAACCCAACACCGUUACUGGAGUUAAGCACGCCGUUAAAAAGGAAGAGCCUGUGAAGGUGAAUGUGGCUGCUAAUAACAAGUUUUAUAAUUAG